AUGCAGUGUUAUUCUCAAUUUCUUUUGAUUUCAAGAUAGCAGAGUUGAUCAAAUUGAAAUCAGUUGAGGAAAAUGUACAAAUCGAAGUUGCAGGAGUUCUGCCAUGAGAAGGGAUGGAGUUUGCCUAGCUACUCCUCGGCGAAGGAUGGGCCCGAUCACAACCCUCACUUCACUGCUUCGGUCACCGUCAAUGACCUCUCCUUUCCGACCACCAGUUUCUGCAGAACCUCCAAAGAAGCCCAGAACGAAGCCGCCAGGAUCGCCUACGAUCAUUUCACUUCUCCACCACCACCACCACCACCGCCUCCUCCUCGUCCUCAGCUAAUCUACACCCCGCAUGAGCGUGUCGGAGAUGCUUCUUAUUCUCUUUCCGGUUCUCCAACUGUGAGCAAGGAUAAAGCAAGAAAUGAGUUGAAUAAUGCCCCUGCUGUGGGAGGGAGUAAGUUGCCAAAGAAUCAAGAAAUAUCAAAGAGUCAUUUGAUUCAUGAAAAUGCUUCUGUUGUUAAAGAUGAAUUUGAAGGUAUCCAAUAUUUAUAUAAGAACCAGCUGCAAAGUUAUGCUCAAAGGCGCAACAUCAGUCUACCCACCUAUUCUUGUGUACGUGAGGGCCUAGCUCAUGCUCCACGCUUUAAAGCUAUGGUUACAAUUGAUGGACAAACCUUUGAGAGCCCAAGGUUUUUUAACACACUAAAGGAAGCAGAACAUGCAGCUGCAAAGGUUGCUUUAACGUCAUUGCCCUCAGAUGACAGAGAAAUGGAAGAAUGUGUUGUCUACAAGAACCUUUUACUGGAAUUGGCUCGGAAAGAAAGUUUUUCCUUACCAGUAUUUGCAACAAUACAAUCUGGUGCAUCUCAUAUGCCAACAUUCUCGUCCACUGUGGAAGUAGGAGGAGAGGUUUUCUACGGGAAAGCAGCAAAAACAAAAAAGCAAGCAGAGAUGAAUGCAGCAAAGCUUGCUUAUUCUGAUCUUAAAGAGCGUAGAUCGAGUAGAAUGGCUAAAUAUAUUCACCCAAGUGGUCAGGAACUAGAAGCAACCACAUUUGUUUCUUCCAGCUCAAACUCUGUCGACAGUGGUCACGUGCAACAGAACCUCAAACCAAUAGGCAUGAUAGUUCCAACCACAGUUGCUGUAUCCAAGGACAAUGGGAAAGAGAGAAGAGACGGAGCUCAAGAAGUGGGUUCAGCAAAUGCAAUGUCAGUCAGUGCUAAAGUGGGCACCCCUGACUCCACCCCAUCUUCAAAGCCUUCCAAGAUGACGAUGAGAAACAAGGAGUCUUCUUCAUCGGACAUGAUGAUACACUCUCGUCUCCGUGACCCAUUUACAUCAGUACCUUCUUCACCUGAUGACGAGCCCUCUUCACCUUCCAUAGCUUCAGAUUUCUCAAAUUUGGCUGUGGAUUCAGCUAUCAAGGUGCCAACUGCAAAGGAGCCUUCAGAGCCUUCAUCGUUACUAUGCAACAGGGUUAGAAUAUACCCACGCAUGCCAAAUAUGGUAUUUCCCAAAGACAUUACAAUUCUGCCUAUAAGUGAUGACAAAUGGGUGGCUGUGAGCUUGGAAUUCCCAGACCUAGCAGCAGUUCAGUGAUAUUCUGUGAUGACAUUCAAGUUCUGACAUCUUACCCUCCUCCUCCUCCUUGGAAGA